GGUAGCUUCCUUUGCAUGUAUUUAUAUCCAGCUUCCCCCCCUUCCACCAUCCCAACUCCCAACACUUUCAAGUACUCUAUCCCUUUCUUUCUUCUCUAUUUCUCUCUCUUUGCCCUUGUGUCUCUAUUUGUGUUUGUGAGCAUACCGUAAAAAUAGUGUCCCAAGCUGAAACCAUGAAGCAAAGUUUUCUUUCUGGUGCUCUUCUUCUCUUCUUCCUAAUUCUUAUUUCCUCUUCCCAUUUAUCUGCACGAUUCAUAGCAAACAAACAAGGAAAAGAAGAGGUAGAGCUAAGUAAGGUCACAGAUAGAGAGGACAUUGAACUGAUAAAUCAACUAAUGGGGGUGGAAGCAUGUGACAGUGGAGAUGAUGAAUGCUUGAAAAGAAGAAUAGUCUCAGAGGCUCACUUAGACUACAUUUACACCCAGCAUCACAAGCCUUGAUCAGAAUUUCCAUACCAAGGAUUUGAAGUUCAUGUAGCUUCUUCAUAUUUUUACCUUAGAACCUACGUAUAUAUGUUUGAUUUUAUUCCAUGUAUAAUUAAGUUCUUCUUUGAUCUUCAUAGUAUGAGAACCGGUAGAAUGGCUUUUAAGUUUUAAAAUUCUAUGUUUGUUACUGAAAACUUAUGAUUAAUGUAAGUGUAACACCUAAGUGCAGCUAUAUAUCACUAGAUAGUUUUCUCUGUAA